AGGCCCUGUGGACGUAAGCAAAUAAGAAGGAAACUGGGCGUUGAAAGAGUGGCGCUGAUUAGCGGAUCUGGAAUCGCCUGGAUGAAAACCCACUUGUGAUUCGUCAUGGCUGGCACAGUGCUCGGAGUGGGGGCUGGCGUGUUCAUCUUAGCCCUGCUCUGGGUGUUAGUGCUGCUGCUGUGUAUGCUGCUGUCCAGAGCGUCUGGUGUAGCGAGGUUCUCUGUCAUUUUUGUAUUCCUCGGUGCUCUAAUCAUCACAUCAGUUCUGCUGGUCUUCCCUCGAGCCAGUGAAGUCCCAGCCCCAGAGGUCGAAAUGAAGAUUGUGGAUUCCUUUUUCAUUGGCCGCUAUGUCCUGCUGGCUUUCCUCACUGCUGUCUUCCUUGGAGGCCUCUUUUUGGUUCUCAUUCAUCAUAUCCUGGAGCCAAUCUAUGCCAAACCACUGCGGUCCUACUGAGCACUAUUCAGGAAAGCCAAGACCCUGUUCUGUCCUUCGCUUCUGAUGUCAUUAAUGAGCAGAAGGGUACUGUUCAGAGCCUUGUUUUGACAGCCUUCAUGCCUUAAGAUCAGAGAAAUAUCCAUUCAUGACUAGGAUAAAUCUCUUGAAUCCUGGAUUCCAAAAAUGGGGUUGCAAAAUUGGCCCUGCAGAGGCGAUUCUCACCAUCUUCUGAGGGAUACUGCUAUCUUCUUAGCACUUGUUCCUCAGGUUUUCUGUUUUGACAGGGAAAUAAAGAUAGUGAUCUGCUUCUGGUAGAUUUUCAAUCAAGACAUCAUUAAGUGGAUUUUGGGAAAAGGAGCACUUUGGCUUCCCCUGUCCAGUAGACAGAAGAAUCUCAUCCUUUUGAUAAUACACGAUUCUUAGUUACAAGGUUGGGAUCAGUUGGAAAGGAAAGGCACUCCAAGUUCGAAAGCUUAUUUUAAUGUGAUGAGUUGGAAGACUUACCCAGAUGUUGGUUGUUGACCAGUGUGCAUAUGGUGUCACAGAAUCUAUACAAGCAAUGGGUGUCACUUCUCUCUGCUAUAAUAAAGCAAUAAACAACCGAAGGACCGACUUUCACCUCAGA